AAAAACCUGGCGCGCUCUUUCUCUCUGACACAGAAGGUGGGCCAGCGGGUCAAGGCUCAUCCGCCCGCCGGCCCUUUACUUCGGCGCGCUCUUUCUGCUCUCUCUGUCUCCUUUGUCUCCCUCUCUCCCAGUCUCUCUGAAACCCUAGCCCUCUUCAUUUUCCUUCCUCUCCGUGGCCAGUUUCCUUGCCAUGGAAUUCAACUUCCGCUCAAACUAUCAAGGCCGUACGAGGCCUCUCCCAGCACCUUCAUCAAUUAGCAGCAAGACCCCCCAUGAUCCCCCCCAAUACUCCGCAGGUGGAGAAUGUAGUAGAUAUGAUUUCUUGAGACAAUAUAUUGACAUUGAGAGAUCAUCAGUGGUGCUUGAACGGGAGCUUGAGAAAACCCGCUUAAGAGAACAGAUUAUUGCAGAAGAGCUUGCACGAAAUCGCAUGCUAGAAGCAGAACUUCGAAAAGAAGUUUCAAUCGAUAGAUUUUCGCUGAGAAUGCCAUCCUCAUCGUCCGUCUGUGGUGUGAGAGUUUGCGAAGGAGGGUCUAAUUCGUCUUUUUUUGAGCCAGUUUUUGGACGGCGUCCGAAAUCUGUGAUGCGUGAAGUACUUGAAUCUCAACCUGUGGAGAGUAUAACCAUUCAAAGGAAUCCAAAAACUUUGGCGUGGGAGGUUGAGUCACGCCAUGAAGGUAUGCCGUUCCAACGCCGUCCAAAGGCUGUGAUGCAGGAACCUGAGUGGCAGCACCGGCAUGAAGCUAUACCGCUCCAAUGCCAUCCUAAUGCUUUGCUGCGCAGGGUGGAAUCACAGCCUGAUGAAGAUGUGGUGUUUCGACGGAGUCUGGAAAUUGUAGCCCUGCCUAAGCCCAAAACCUCAACUCUUUCUGGCUCUAAGAGAACGGCAGAAACAUUCGCAGGAGGAGCUUGUGAGCUUCCUGAAGUCGGUGCCGGGAAGAAACCCCAGAAGUGGACUUGCAGUGUGUGUGGAGUGAGCGCUAACAGUGAGAAGGGACUGGAGGCUCAUUUGGCAGGCAAGAAGCACAAGUCUAACGAGUCUGAACAGAAGACCCUGCAGAAAGGAAUAAAGUCCAAGGGAAAGGCCAAAGAGUGUCGGAAGAAAAAGAGCUUUUGCUGCAAAUUAUGCAAUGUAACAGUUGAGAAUAAACGCGUUAUGGCCCGUCAUUUGAAAGGUAAGAAACACCUUUCAAAGCUUGAACGCAAAUCGAAGCCUUGAGGCAGUGAAAAUGUCAUUACUGCCAUUUUGAGAGGCUCCCUGGAUUCAUCAGCGUUGCUUUGUUUGUAAAUGAAGGUUUAUGAAAGUGAUUGCAUUAGAUUGUCCAACAAGCAAAA